GGCGGACGGAGCGGGGGGGUCGGAGCCUUUGUGUGGAGCCGAGCGGGGCUGGUGCCGGGAGCCGGCCGGAGCCCCUCGCCCAGCCAGCUGCUGGAUGCUAAGUGCCUGGCGAACGAAUGAAUAAGAAGCUGACCAGAAGGAGGGACUCUUGAGCAACUGCUAAGAUGGGCAUGAGGAUCAAGCUACACAGCACCGAUCACCCCAACAACCUGCUGAAGGAACUCAACAAGUGCAGGCUGUCGGAAACCAUGUGCGACGUCACCAUUGUGGUGGGGAGCCGCUCCUUUGCCGCACACAAAGCGGUGCUGGCCUGUGCAGCCGGCUACUUCCAGAACCUCUUCCUGAACACGGGGCUGGACGCCGCCAGGACCUACGUGGUGGACUUCAUCACGCCGGCCAACUUUGAGAAGAUCCUGAGCUUCGUCUACACGUCUGAGCUCUUCACGGACCUUAUCAACGUGGGCGUCAUAUACGAGGUGGCGGAGAGGCUGGGCAUGGACGAUCUGCUCAAGGCCUGUCAUUCCACCUUCCCCGACUUGGAGAGCUCAGCUGUUACCAAGCAGCCCUCUGGGUCGGGAGAAGGUCGUUCAGGCCCUUUGGGCGGCACGGCGACAGAACCAAACCAUUCCCUGGGUGAACUCCGGAGCAGUGGGGAGCACUUUGGCUCUGAGCGGAAUUGCAUCUUGCACGGGGAAGUGGCAGGUGGUUACAAAGAGGAUGACAGGAAUCCCAUGAGUGAAGCCGGCCAUAACCUGCCUUUGAUGCAUCAACCACCUCCAAAGACAGAAGAGCAGGAACUGACGGGGCAGUUUGCUUCUGCCACCAACGUGGUGUCUCAACCCAGCCUGGGCAACGUCAACAUGGCCGUUCAAACCACUGCAAGUACCUGCCAGCCCUAUAAGAUCCAGAGCAACGGGGACUUUAGCAAGACCAGCUUUUUCGCAGCUGACACCUCGCUGGACAUCUCCACCGGGAGCAACUCCUGCCCCAGCAACAGUGACCAUUCCAAAGACCAGGGCUUCGGGCAGAUGGAUGAGCUGCAGCUGGAGGACCUAGGGGCGGACGAGCUGCACUUCGAAGACGCCAGCGAAGAGCUGGGCCCGGUGGAGGAGGUCAUCGAGCUGAGCGACGACAGCGAGGAGGAGCUGGCCUUUGAGAACGACAGCCGGGAGAGCAAGGCCAUGCCCUGCCAGGUGUGCAAGAAGGUCCUGGAACCCAACAUCCAGCUGAUCCGCCAGCAUGCGAGGGACCACGUGGACCUGCUCACCGGCAACUGCAAGGUCUGCGAGACCCACUUCCAGGACCGGAAUUCCCGGGUCACCCACGUCCUGUCCCACAUUGGGAUCUUCCUCUUCUCCUGCGACAUGUGUGAGACCAAGUUCUUCACCCAAUGGCAGCUCACCCUCCACCGGAGAGAGGGCGUGUUCGACAACAACGUCAUCGUCCACCCCAGCGACCCACUGCCCAUCAAGAUCAACCUGUUUGGUGGAGGGCCCGGCUCGGAGCUGGUAUGCACCGCCUGCGGGAAGCCACUGGCCAAAGAUUUCCACACCGUCCGGGGCCACAUCCUGGACCACAUGAACUUGAAAGGCCAAACAUGUGGCGUGUGCGACCAGCGGCAGCUCAACCUCUGCAGCCUGAUGUGGCACACGCUGUCCCACCUGGGCAUCUCGGUCUUCUCCUGCUCCAUCUGUGCUAACAGCUUCGUGGACCGGCAUCUGCUGGAGAAGCACAUGGCCGUCCAUCAGAGCAUGGAAGAGGCUCUCUUCCGGUGCCAUUUCUGCAGCCAGAGCUUCAAGCUGGAAGCGGCUUACCGCUACCACGUCAGCCAGCACAAGUGCGGCGGCGGCCUGGACGUGGUCCGGCCCAGCUUCGGAGACCGGCUCCAGCAGCAAGCCCUCCAGAAGAGGAAGCUGCCAGAGGAAUUCCUGAGCGAGGACCUGGCCCUGCAGAACCAGCCAGGAAACAGUAAGUACAGCUGCAAGGUCUGCGGGAAGAGGUUUGCCCACACGAGCGAGUUCAACUACCACCGGAGGAUCCACACGGGAGAAAAGCCUUACCAGUGCAAAGUGUGUCACAAAUUCUUCCGCGGCCGCUCCACCAUCAAGUGCCACCUGAAGACGCACUCGGGGGCCCUCAUGUACCGAUGCACUGUGUGUGGACACUACAGCUCCACCUUAAACCUCAUGAGCAAGCACGUCGGUGUCCACAAAGGCAGCCUGCCGCCCGAUUUCACCAUCGAACAGACGUUCAUGUACAUAAUCCAUUCCAAAGACGCGGAGAAAAACACAGACAGCUGAUUGGGCGGCGCUGGUGGGAUGGGGGAGCAAACACUAAUUACAAAGUGGUGACUUUUUUUCCCCCCCCAGUUUUAACGGUCGGACGUUGUGGAUGGAAUUCUCCUUUUUUUUUUGGCCUUGCCUCAGGAUUUUUCUGUCGGCGUCCUUCAAGUUAACAGCACGUGAGGUAAACCAAGACGCCCGUUCUCUUUACUUACCUCCAGUCCCGUUAGAGGCCGCUGAGUUCCGUGGGUUGGCAUUUCUUCCCGGGGUUUGGAUCUGAUAAAUGUCGAGCGGGUUAACCCUAGCCUGGCCUCCCGCGGUUUGAGAUCACACCUCGAUUUAUGCUGCUAUUACCCUGACAGCCAGCCUCAGAAGAGCCGGGACGGGAAGGUGGUGGACACAGAAACACUAGUUGGUUUUCUUCUAGGCUUUGCUGCUACUGGGAGGAACAAAGCAGAGUCUGGCCUUGGGGGUGGGGGGGCUGGCAGGCAACGGGGGGCGCUCCAGGAGUUCGGCUCGGUGCUUGAAAGGGGGAUUAGUGCAACUUCUAGCCGCCCGUCUGAGCCAGGGCCGCAGUUGCCGAUUGUUCCCUCCUCCACCCCCACCCCCUCGUACCACUUCUGAAGUUGAAAAGUCACAUUUGAGAGCCAGGGAAAUGAAGGAGUCCCAGAGCAGCCCAAGCUCAGGGGCAGAGCUUCUUUGGAGAAAAGAGGAGGUCUCUCUCCAUAAACUAGGCUAGCUUGUCAGGAGGGAACAAUUUACCCCCUCUGCAGAGUCACUGAGCCGGGGAAGCACGUAGCAAACGCGGGCAGAAGGGCUGGUUUCGCCCUUGUUCUCCCCCCUGCCCUCCCACCCAGACCGAAGAGAAAUGUUUUUAGCGGAGAUCAUCCCCUCCAAGUCCUGGGAUUCUGCGGCCUGCAGUAGCACGUUAACGAUGCCGGGGCACAGAUCUGUAGCUCACCCCGCCCUCCCUAAGUCAGUAGCGCAGCAGUCUGGGGGUUGGGGUGUGGAGAGCAUCGGACAUCCCUGUGCGAAUGGUGCUAGGGCCCGUGCAAAGCCCUCUAGGAUGAGGGUGAAGAGAAACCGUUGCCUUAACUCCUGGGAAGGUGUCUUUGCAGGAGGAGCGUUCUCCCCGCUACAGGGUUAGCCCCCCCACCCCGCGGUAAUGGAACGGCCACCGCGUCUGUGACGUGGUUUCUAUCGAAGGACGUAGUCGGUGCCAGCGUAAGUUUGCCCCUUCUGCUUUCACCGUGCCCGCUGGUGGGGUUCGGGGUGGUUUUUCCAGCGUUACUGCCCUGGGGCGGGGAGUGGAAAGGCAGGAAAAUGACAUAUGUAGCAGCCUAGGUGACUCGUACUACCUCAUAACCUGGAAGCGCUCGGGGCUUGAAGCCACGGGAACCUGUGGACAGGCUCCUGCACUUCCAUACACUCUGAACGCUCUGCCAGCCUCUCCCCACCCAGGGAGCUGCUCUCUGCCACAUUGCAGCUGGAAUGGGCUGACUUCGCUCGAGGUAGCAGGCUAAAAAUACAUUGCGGCACUGGCCGUGGCUCAGGCAGGCCCCGGGUCUGAGCUCGGGUGACUAGUUGGAACCGCCACCAGUGCCGCAACAUCCACGCUGCUAUUUUUAGUGCACCUGGUCGAGCAAAACCAUCGGGAGUCUGUCCCCCCGGGCUGGGAGGCUCGGUACCGCUGCAGUGUGGACACCCGCAGAGAAGCGGCGUUGGUCUGGCCUGGGGGCUAGGCGUUCCUCGGUUCGAACCCCACUGCUAACACUAACUUCAUUGUGGCCUUGGGCAAGUCGCUUCACCUCAGUUUCCCCAUCUGUAAAAUGGGGGCGGUAAUACUUGUGGUACCUACCUACCUCCCUGGAGCGUGGUGACGAUUAACCGGUUAAUGUCUGUAAAGCGUGUUGAAGAUGAAGAGCACUUAUGAGUAUUAUGUAGCAUCCUAGGGAAAUGACCCCUCACGUUCCUUUUCGAAACCCCCCCUCUCCGCCCCCCACUCCCAGGUGCAAUAACAGCCCUACAGUGUCGUCCUUCUCCGUACUCUGCUCUCUGUUUCUGGGCCCUGGGAAACGAACACUAGUGAUAAAGGGUGGGAUGAGGAGCGAGCAAUAAGCAGAGGCCGCUCGCUUCGCCUAGCGCGCCAGGAGUCGGUUUGCGGGGGGGCCAUGAUGACUGAGGGUGCCCAAGGGAGGCAGGAGCGUGCGGUCUGAGGGGGCGAGGGCGUUGUGCCGGGAGCCCUGGGGAAUGAAGCAAGUUUCUUGCUCAUCUCCUGUUGAUUAGAGUCAGGCGCGGUACCGAUUCCGCCAGUCGGACUUUGCGCUCUAGGGCUGGGGUGGGAUCUCCAGGAAGGCAGAAUCCCUGGCCGCAUUUGGAAGUUCCUGCGUUUUAGCACGGUCGUCAGAAUCCCUUCCCGUCUGCAGCUAAUGGUGGUUGUUUCAGUGUUGAGGUUUAACGCCCCCAUCGGCACGUCCUCAGGGCAUGUGAGUGCAGGGGAUGGAGACAGAGCCCUGAAGGCAUCUGGCUGCGUUCCUCCAGGCAGAGCCAGAGCUCACCCGGGGAACCAACCAUAGCUCCGGAGCAGAAGGACCCCUGCUGACCUCUGCCCUGACGUGCGCUUUCAAAUACUGCUGCCCCAGUCAAACCGCGUGGCACUGAAAAAAGCCAGUGGUGGCGAGACCAUCGUCUGAGAUCUGCCCUCCGCGGUCUGUGUCAUGCUAACCAGUUUAAGGGGUGCUGUAUGCAGACAUCCCUGGGAGGCCCCAAGCUUGACCCAGCCCCUGGAUAGGGCCCUCCAGGGAAGGUGUUUGAAAGAGGAAGCGGAUGUUGAAAUGACAGAAUUCUAGUUCUUGGUUAAAUCUGCCCCGAACUUUGUUAGCACUGGUUGACUUCUGACUUCAUGUCGAACUGAACAGGUUAACCCCUGAUUGUCGUAGAGGGGGUGUCGGACGCCUUUCCCUGCACCACCUGGUGCUGGCUAAACGGACUGCAGGUCUGAACCAGUCUGGGGUUUGCUACGAAGGGUUUUCAAAGAGGUAAGCAGGCUUGGGUGCAGGCAGCUAUCCGGGCAUCAUUCUGACAUGUCCCAGAAGCUGUGUGGAACGCUGCGGGGCCCUGCCCCACGGUUACAGCUCUGCAGACCCGAAUCGAAGCAGUGAAGCAAAAGCCUUUGCGGCAAAAAAACCAAAAAAGAGAGAGACGCUUGGACACUGAAACACUAACGGGCAAGCAACACCCUGCCCCAGGUCAGGGGAAGGGAAGGCUGGUGCCUGCCCCUUUGUCAUUACUCCGGUCUGUGGCUACGUCUACAGUACGAGCUAGGGGUGUGAGUCCCCCUUUGUGUACACAAACUCAUUGAGGUAGCCGUGGAGCCAUCUGAAACUGAUGGGUAUUUCCUUGGCAUGGCUAAGGCAGGCUGCC